UUCUUCUUCCUUUUUUAUCCCUUUCUCCUUUACACUCCUUCACUCAAUCAACUACACACUCUCUAAAACCCACUCAUUCCGUUUCAACUAAUCCAAACAAAACCACUCUCUCUCUUCUCAUUCAAAUCUUCAUGAAUUAGAAUUUUUGUUUUGGACCAAAUGGGUAAGCUCCAUUUUGCAUUGGCUUUUGCUCUUCUGCUUCUACUUGCUAAUGUUUCAGCUGCACCACCACUAACCUCUGCAAUUUCACCUGCAAAGAUUGUUAAUGGCUUUAUCUCAAAUGCUGUUCCUGCUUUCACCAAAUGGGUCUUUUCGCUUAAACCAAUCACCAAAAAAGCGAUUUCUGGGAAAUCGAUGAUGAGGUUUGAGAGUGGAUACAAUGUGGAAACUGUGUUUGAUGGAAGCAAGCUUGGAAUUGAGCCUUAUGCAGUUGAGGUGUUAUCUAAUGGGGAGCUUCUGAUUCUUGAUUCAGCUAAUAGUAACAUUUAUAGGAUUUCAUCUUCACUUUCUUUGUAUAGCAGACCAAAACUAGUGGCAGGAUCUGCUGAAGGAUAUUCCGGACAUGUUGAUGGAAAAUUAAAAGAGGCUAAGAUGAACCAUCCAAAGGGAAUUACUGUUGAUGACCGAGGAAAUAUCUACGUUGCAGAUAUUAUGAACAUGGCAAUCCGGAAAAUUAGCGAUUCAGGGGUCACAACAAUUGCUGGAGGAAAAUUGAGCCGUGGAGGAGGCCAUGUUGACGGACCAAGUGCAGAGGCUAAAUUCUCUAACGACUUUGAUGUUGUUUAUGUUGGAAGUAGUUGUUCUCUACUUGUCAUUGACAGGGGAAACCAAGCCAUUAGGGAGAUCCAACUACGCUUCGAUGACUGUGCUUAUCAAUAUGAAAGUGGAUUUCCACUCGGAAUUGCAAUGCUUGUUGGGGCUGGCUUCUUUGGUUAUAUGUUGGCAUUGCUGCAGCGUAGACUAAGUACAAUUGUAUCAUCUCAGGAUGUUGAGGGACCAAUAAUGUCUGACAUUUCACCGAGUCCAUAUCAAAAGCACUUGAAAUCCGUUAGGCCUCCUUUGAUUCCGUCAGAAGACGAACCUUAUAAGCAAGAAGAAAGUCUCUUUGGGUCCAUUGGGAAGCUUCUUACCAAUGCAGGGGCAUCAAUAGUAGAAAUAAUGGGAGCUUUGUUUGGUUUCAGAAGAAAACCGCAAAACUAUGACUUUCAAAGUCAACCCUUAUACCAUCAACCCGAAAAGCAAGUAAAUGCUUGGCCAGUUCAAGAAAGUUUUGUGGUUCCAAAUGAAGAUGAGCCCCCUUCUAUUGACCCAAGAACUCCAACCCCUAAGAAAACAUAUCCUUUCAUGUCCAAAGACGCCGAAAAAAUGCAACAAUUGUGGCAAGGUCGAGCGUUCUAUAAUGGAUGGGAAGGAGAUCUUCAGCAGCCGCCACAGCAGCAACAACAACAACAAAAACUUAUCUAUAAUGGAUGGGAUGGAGAUCUUCAGCAGCAGCAACAACCAAAACAUUAUUAUCGUCAUCAGUAUCAUUCAUCGGUCGCUCAGACUUACUAUGAGCAAAGUCGCGAGGAAACUAAUGAGAUAGUAUUCGGAGCAGUGCAGGAACAGGAUAGGAAGGAGCCUGUGGUUAUCACGCCUUUGGAUUAUGGUGAUUCUCCCUAUGAUCAUCAAAAUAUGCGGUUGCGAAUAGGUCCCAUUGAUUAUAUCCACAAGUACUGAGUAUAUACAGUUAAUAAUGUUUGAAGUAAUGAAUCCUCAAUAGGGGAGGGUGAAAUCAAGUACAUAAAUGAUAAUGAUCUCAUCUUAGUAAGGAGAAGCUAGUCAUCAGAAAAUUCAUUGUUUGUUUGGUUUUGCCAAAUUUUAUGUUACUCUAGUGUGUAAACAAAUUGAGCAUAAUUUAAGGGCAAAAUCAAGAAAUUUUGGCAUCUUAUUUUUU